UUUACGAAUAUAAAACUUUAACAUAUUUUAACAGGUUUCUUUAAUUCAAAUCCAAUAAACACGCACACAUUGAAAUAAGAAAACCAAAAACGUUUCUCCGACUUCAGAUCGCGAUAAAUAAAUUCAUAAAUAAACUUUUUCCCUUUGUGACUGCUUAGUUUUACAUAUUUUCACUGCGAUGGAAGUUCAUGAUGACAUGAACUUAUAUCUUACGACUGACAAGUUGUAUAUUGAACCAAAUGGGAGAAAAGAAGUAUUAGUAAUUGAUCGUUUGUCACAAGAAACAAGAGUUCAAGUAAAGACAAACGAAAUAACGAAUGCUUAUAAUGUCAGAAAAAUAUGCGGUGUUCUUGGAUCAAUCAAAUUAAUUUCUGGAACUCAUUUGGUGAUUGCAACUCAUAGAGUUCCAGUGGGAUUUAUCAAUAAUCAAGUUAUAUGGCGUCUUGCUGGUGUUGACCUAAUACCUUACAUUCCAUCAACUCUUCAUUUGAAUGAAAAUCAGAAACAUGAAGACGAGACAUAUCUGGCAAUGGUUCGAUCCGUUUUGGAUACGCCUUAUCUUUACUUCAGUUACUCGUAUGACAUCACACAUACGCUACAAAGACUGCACUCAAUGUCUCCAGAAUUUCUCAAAAUGAGCUUACUUGAGCGUGCUGAUUCAAGAUUUGUUUGGAAUGGAAAUCUUCUUAAAGCAUUCCAAAAGCCAGAGUUGAGACAAUAUUGUCUUCCUUUAGUGAUGGGAUUUAUAUCUAUUAAUCAAGUGAGUAUCAAUGGUCAUUAUUUCUCAUGGAUACUAAUCUCAAGACGCUCAACUAAACGUGCUGGCACAAGACUUUUUUGUCGAGGCAUCGACAAUCAAGGAAACGUUUCAAACUUCGUAGAAACUGAACAAAUUAUUGAAUAUAAUGGAGAGAAAGUAUCAUUCGUUCAGAUUCGUGGUAGCAUUCCAAUCUUUUGGUAUCAAACGCCAAAUUUGAAGCUCAAACCUCGUCCACGAAUUGAUAACACUCGCGAUCAUUUACCACCAUAUCUCCUUCACAUGGAUAGCUUAAUUAUGCAUUAUGGAAAAUUAGUUUUGGUUAAUUUAAUUGACCAUCGUGGUGCUGAAGAUGAAAUGGAAAAGGCUUUCGCUCAAGUUGUUAGCAGAGCUGGGAAUCCAAAUGAACGUUACGAGGCUUUUGAUUUCCAUGCUGAAUGUAAAAAGAUGAGAUGGGAUCGUCUUAAUAUUCUAAUUGAUCGUUUAGCUCAUGAACAAGACGAGUUUGGAGUGUUUCAUCUUCGAAGUGGAACUCUUGCAUCAGCACAAGAUGGAGUGUUCAGAACGAAUUGUAUUGACUGUUUAGAUCGGACGAAUGUCGUUCAAAGUAUGUUAGCAAAACGUUCUCUUCAAUUGAUUCUUACAAAAUUAGGAAUUCUAUACAGUGGACAAACGUUAGAAGGUGUUGGUGGUGGAAUGAUUGAACUCUUUAAGAAUGUUUGGGCUGACAAUGCAGAUUUAAUUUCUGUCCAAUAUUCUGGAACUGGUGCUUUAAAAACAGAUUUUACUCGAACAGGAAAGAGAACAAAACAAGGAUUAAUGAAAGAUGGGAUGAACUCUCUCACCAGAUAUUAUAAGAAUAAUUUUAAUGAUGGCUUUAGACAAGAUUCAAUAGAUUUGUUCUUAGCAAAUUAUGUAGUCAAAGAUGGUGAAGGUUCAACAAUUCCAAGUCCAUUAAAAAGAAAUAUCAAAGGAUGGAAAUAUGGAACAUUUCCAACUGUUCUUUUGUUUGCUGUGUCGAUGUUUUGUGCAACAGUUCUCUUCUCUCAUGAGUACAACACUGAAUCACUUUUGUUCCUUAUGUUCUGGGGUGCGAUGGUCUUCGGAACUGGCAGCAUGAUUCUACGUAAUGGCCGUGACUUUGUUGAUAUGCCCAAAUUAAUUAUAUUGACUGUUCCGAGAGAAAUGGAACCAUAAAACUGCAUCAUAUUACUUUUCCACUUGUUCUUCUAUAAAUUUUAAUAAUAUCGAAAUAAUAAACAUUUCCCUUCCAUUUUUAGAUCUAUGAUAGUAAAAUGUUUAGUCUUUUAUUGAAUUUUAAAGUUUUACUUCUUUUUUUAUUUAUAAAUUAUAAUCACUGGAAAGAAAAUAAAUAGCUUUGAUAGGAAGACUGUAAAUAAAA